AUGUGUUUUGGCUCAACACGAAGAUGGGUAGUUAUACUAGUGAUAAUCUUCUGCAGAAGAGUAAAUGUUCAAUUCGCAUACCCUGUCUUUAUGCCUCCACCUCCACCGCCUCCGCCCAUGCUCGCAAUGCCACCGCCCAUGCCCAUUCCGAUUAUAGCCAUCGAGAUUCCUGAGUUUACUACCACGACUACAACGACUACAGAAAAAAGUGUUGCCAUCGCUAUACCUGUGCCCAUACCGAUGCCCGUACAAGUAGCAGUACCCGCUUUUGCCCCAGCAUUCUGUGUAGCGAGUCCGAGAGCAAAGAGUUGCCCGCCGUGCCCACCUUGUCUUUGUAUGCCCCAAUGCACACCGGCCUUCUUUUCCUAUUGUUCUCCCUGUCAUCUCAAAUGCCGGUGUCUAAAUCCAGGAGAUUCUCCUAUACCAUUACCUCCAGUUCCACCUCUGCCUGUCCCCGGUCCGGCUUACCCCAUCCCGGUGCCGAUGCCUGCUGGACCGCCAGUAGUAGUCGUGCCCGUGCCACCUCACAUUCAGUACAGGCAGCGGCGGCGAAAAGCAAGGCCUAGCUCUACAAGCGAGGAAUCUAGUGAUUCGAGUGACUGUGAUCAAAGUAGACGAUUUAAGCGUCGAAGAUUAAGCGUAUUAAGGACGCGAGGCAGUUUUGACAGUGAUGAUGAACUCGUCAAGCCGUUGCUAACCUAUGUGUCUAACAAUGGUGAUGUUAAAUAUGAGAGAAGAAUAAGUAACGAUGAAGCUGAGCGCCUUCUCGGUGAAAGUGACGCGAGAAGGUAUAAGAAUGUCAAAGUUAUGACUAGAGACGGUGAACAGAAUAACCAGCAAGUAGUUGUCGUGUCCAAUGACGAUAAUAGUCAUGGCCGCUAUAAACAAGUCGUGUUACGAGGCGGGGUUUCUAGCCACCUCCUCAGCAGUGGCAGAAAAGAGUUGGUGUUUAAGCCCCCGGACAAUAAAAGGAUCAGUAACUUAUCUGUUUCCUUUCAAAUAGCUUAA